AAUUUUUCGCGCAUAAUUUUGAUCAAUAAUGAAGCCCACAAAUUUAUGUCAGUAACAAAUAAGUGGCAAUAGUUGUAGUGUACACCGAUGGUCUCACAAAAACAACAAACCGGUGUCCAUAUUUUUAUCCGAUGCGAUAAACAACAGUCAUACUAUUAUUCCUAAUCUAUCUCUGGUCCUACUGAUUUUCACUUUCACUGUGGCAGGUGUUUAUGUUAAGUAUAACGUGGUGCUGUUAACUACUCUGCUCCAUUACGAGUGGUGACAUAAGUCUGUGCCGUAUGAGUUUGCUAUUCCCUCCUAACCAUUAAGGUUCAUGGGUCUUAGUACAAGCUUUCAGAUGUUACACACAUACAGGCUAGCGUAUUACUGUACGGUUAGCAAGUUAGAUGCAGACUCAUUUUCUUCAGUUCUGCUUUUCGUCGGUACCUAAUUGCUUGGUGUAUAAACCACAUGCUAGGUGAAACCAAUCUACACUUAGCUCGGAAAUAGAUAAGUGUUUCUAAAAUGUCCAAGUGAGGUUUUACUCCGACAAAAUCAGGGAGUUAGCACUGUAUGCUCGUUCAAAGGUGAUUACUCUCGAUGCACAGACUUCCAAGCCGAGACCUCUUCUGGCUACCGUAUCCAGGUAUGUACUAAUUUGUGUACGAAUAGCGAAGUGGUAUAUCUUUACAGCUCGUAUUGACUAAUGUCGGCGUUACCGUAUACCGAUAAGUCGAUUAAUAAAUAAUCAGUUGCCGAUUAAGACACAUUCCAUCGCUCUCUAUGUUAGUCGUUCUAAGGUGCAAAGAUACAUGUCAUGCCUUUUAUAUGGUUCUUAGGAUUCUUAUCGAAUAAGCUACCCCUACUGAACACAAGUAGAGCUAAGUUCUAAUUUAGUUAAGCGAUCUGUUCGUCUACACAUACAAUCGUUUCCAGGUUCAGUAUAAGGCUACCUAAACAAUAUCGUAUGGUUUUCGAUGUAGUGAAGUUUAAGUUUAAAAUCCGCGUAUUGCUGCAUUUACACAUAGUCUAAUAAAUACGGUCCAAGAACAGCAUAAAUUAGCUUUAUCUACUUCAGGAAUGAUUAUCACCAAUCUGACGUAAAGUACUCGGUACAGGUUUACAACGGAUCUUAAUUUGCCUAGCAGUAGAUGUUAGUUCUUCAGUAAAUGUAGCCGACACUAGCGUCUGAUGGAUAACUUUACACCUGUAACAUUACUACUCCCAGGUUAACUGUCCAGGCUAAUCAGUGAUUAGUUGACAAAAAGAGAAGUCUGAAAGUUCUACUGACUUCAGUUUCUCGAAAUGACUAGGCUUUCAUAUUAUAUUGCUCGUGUUGUGUUGCCAUGCGAGUAGUUACUAAGACUGCAUCUGGUGCUCAUUCAAGUCCCAUAAGUCGCUUUAAGAACUGGGAACACAAUCGCGCGAGAUUUAGGUGUUUGUUGAUCCCCAAUGAAGCUAUUGUGGUGUGUGUAUAGUGUAGCUCAUACAAGUACACGUUUGUAUACUAAACCACAUUUGGCGCAUAUGUGCUGGUGAUACUAUCUAAAGCGAAACAGAUGUAACGGGAUCCCAACAAGCAAAUUUGUGAUUAUACAUUAUCUGAUUCAAAACUAGAUUCCCACACAGAAGGUACCUGUGACUAGCCGUUACUAUUAUUUUCAUGAAACAAUAGUCGUGAGACUCAAGAUUCCUGACUAGUCAUGGGAUACAGUUUAAGAGCGGACAACUUAAUACGUUUGGUGAGAUCUAACGGGAAGACAUCGAGACGAUUUCUUAUGUGUUAGAUUAUAGUUCAGGUAAUUCCGAAAAAUUUAUCGUGUCGCUCGAACUUAGUGAUAUUCAGAACUUUUGAUUAAUGCAUUCUAAUUUAAGGAUUCUUUGUGUGGGUAGGAGUGAGGUAUUUUUGUCAACGGUGUAUACGAUUGACUGUGUCUACAUGUACUAGGAAGCACACAGUACACUGCAUAUUACAGGGAAUAACGUGCCAUCAGAUGUCGUUCCUGAGUAUUAUUUCUGUAUUGAUAUCGCUUGCUUUGAUCUAGAUCAAAUAAGAGUUCUGAUAUUCUAUGAUUCACAUCCUUUAAGAAUUGGUCAGGUCACACUAACCCAAGUAAUGGUUCGUCGACAUAACACGCUUGAAUCCUAGACCCUUAGAAUUCUCAUUACAUCUAUGUAUUUAGCAGCUGAUAAACGUGUCUGUGUUUCCAACUUCUUUUAUAAGGUAAUCAGUAGGUCGAUUCAGAAUUCUCUAUGUUUUGAAUGUAGUUUUUGUGGACAUAAGUGUCUUCCUAGUCGACUGAAUAAUCAUGUCAUAAAAUCUCACUGACAUUAUACUGAACUAAGUUUGACCUUCACCUCUUAACCUCUACUUUAUAUUAAACAACUAUUUACACUACCUUCCUUUACUUUCUAUGUAUGAUUGUCAUAAAUGUGGGUCCAUCAUAGUUAUGUGCCUUGUAUUGCUGUGUUUAUGACCAUAGAUUGUGUGACUAGCUCAUAGGAAACAAGUUUGAUUUUCUACAAAGGCCCACUUCAAAUCAUAUCUUCGACUUUCAUUUCAAACUGCCUAAUAUUAGCUUUUGCACAUAGAUAUCGAAAAAUGCUUGAACAGAGAACUAGGGCUACACCUAUAAUAAGCCUUGCUAAGUUUUAAAAGCUCGCGAUGGUGUAAGAUUCCGUGGUUUCGUAACAUACACUGUAAUGUUAAGUGUAUGCUGGUAUACCAUUAGAAGGACCUGCAUCCGAAUCGUUGAUUACUAACGAAUCAACUAAAUUGUGGGUCUUACGUCGUCCUGUUAUCGUGUAAGUGCCUGUAAUCCGCGAGUGCUUAUUCCCGACCCAAUUUAUACAAAUAUAUAUAAUCGUGCAAAAUGUACGCUAAUUGCCUACCCGCGAAUUCAGAUUUCAAUUUCGGUCUCAGGAACACGUUAAUAACAUUUACACGAAAUGUAUAUUUAUUGACCUUGAGCGACCAGAUAAAGUGUACCACAACAUAUAAUUGUUCAGUGACCGCAUCAAACUUUUAUUCCCGUUCAGUGUGAACAGGCUUUCAAUGGUGAAUAGUCUUAACGAAGUGGGUAGAUAUGAAUCUUCGAGUAACUCAAAGUAAAAACAAACUACAGAUUGAUGAGCGACGGAUCCAUAUCUCAUACAGAGCAAUCUGAAUCUUCACCUCAGGAUGACACUGUUUUAUCAAAUUCACCACCGCAACCAGUCAGAUCUAGAAAACAAAAUAUAAGAGAGCUUCGUGAAGAAUUUGAAGAUUAUCCUGAACUGUAUGGUAUACGUAGAUCUGCACGAAGUCGCAAAGAGCCAUUACGUUUCAAAGCAUCAGAGAAAGAUACAACUGAUGCACUUUUUCGAGAAAAGCGAAGAAAUCGUUUUCCUAGCAGUUCAGAUAGUAAUAAUGUAACAGAUAGUGAAACAGACGAUUGGAAUGAUAAUAUAUCAACAAGACAUCGUACUGUAAGAACACGAGGAAAUCGUGUCAAUUACAAAAGUGCUUUUGUAGAUGACAGUUUUGAUGAAUCUAACGAUGAACCAUCGGAACGAUCUAGUUCGAGCAUAUUUAAACCAAUCAAUCAACGAACUUCAUAUGGCACUGUACCAAUACUAAAUCAACAAACGUGUUUUCAAAAGCCAAGAGGUCCUUUGGUCCGAAAACCUUAUGCACCAGUCUUGGCAAGCAGAAAUUCAAAGUCAUUCAUAAAAUCAGAUGACAAUAAUCUAGACCAAAUUGGCGUAAAAGAACAAUAUUCAGAAGAGGAUGAAGAUGGUGUAAGUGGUGAAGUUAACCGGGAAAUUGAAUGGGGAGUUGAUGAUGAAGAAGCGGAUGUUAUUGAAGAGAUAUUAACUCAUGCUAUUCGACGUAAAGGUGCCACUGGUAAUCCUACCACUCUGUAUAAUACACAAUUAGAAAAAGAUUUAAAUGCUGGUUUUAAUCCUAAACAAGAGGAUGGUGAAUUACAAUUUCUCAUUAAAUGGCGUAAUUGGAGUCAUAUUCAUUCGACAUGGGAAACUGAAUCUUCAUUACGUAAUCCAGAUCGAGGUGCACCAGUUGCUGGUAUGAAAAAAUUCUAUGCAUAUCAAGCAAUUAUGCGAGAAAAAAGUGAACGUUUACAAUAUGUUGAAAGGGAAGAACUAGAAACUGUGGCUUAUGAAGAAGAACGUGAUGAACAAUUAUUACAAGAUAAAAUGAAUGUUGAACGUAUAGUAGCCCAUAGCCGUGAUCCAGAAACAAACACUUUUGAUUAUCUCAUUAAAUGGUUUCGUUUGGAUUAUCGAUUUUGCACCUGGGAAUCUGGAAAGGUUAUACAUUUACUCUAUGAAUCAGCAGUUCAAGCUUAUGAAACUCGUUGUAAUUCUACCACAUUACCUAAUCGAAAAUGUGAAGUACUCUAUACACGACCGAAAUUUCUACCACUAAUGGAACAACCUUCCUACCUUGGACGCUCAGAGGAGCUUCGUCUACGUGAUUAUCAACUUGAAGGUAUUAAUUGGUUAGUUCGUGCUUGGACUCGUAGGAACAGUGUGAUUUUAGCAGAUGAAAUGGGAUUAGGGAAAACUAUUCAGACUAUUGGAUUUCUUUCAUAUUUGUUCAAUGAGCAUCAGGUAUAUGGACCUUUUCUUAUUGUUGUUCCUUUGAGUACUAUAUCAAGCUGGCAAAAAGAACUUCAAACUUGGGCACCAGAAAUGAAUACUAUAAUAUAUACUGGUGAUCAUGUAUCACGACAAUUGAUUAGAGAGCAUGAAUGGUCAACUGGAGCUUCUAAUAACAGACGUCAUCAAUCAUUAAAAUUCAAUGUUUGUGUAACUACUUACGAAAUCUUACUAAAGGAUAAAGGUUGGCUUAGUCAAGUAAAUUGGGCUUUUUUAGGAGUUGAUGAAGCUCAUCGUUUGAAAAAUGAUUCAAGUCAAUUGUAUAAAACUUUGAAAACAUUUGAAACAAAUACCCGUCUAUUGGUUACAGGAACACCUUUACAAAACACUAUGAAAGAAUUAUGGGCAUUAUUACAUUUUAUUAUGCCGGAUUGUUUUCCCGAUUGGGAAGAAUUUGAACAGACUUACAGUGUUUCUCCUGAUGAUCCAGCUAAUAAAAUGAAUAGUGAAGCAUUUCAUAAUCUUCAUAAAACAUUAAAACCUUUUCUACUUAGACGAGUGAAAAAAGAUGUAGAAAGUUCAUUACCGGAAAAAAUUGAACAAAUUCUGCGAGUUGAUAUGACUAAAGAACAAGCAAAUAUAUAUAGAUUAAUUUUAGCCCGUAAUUAUGAUGGAUUAUUAAAAGUAACACGUGGCCAUAAAGCUUCUUUUAUUAAUAUUGUUAUGGAAUUAAAAAAAUGUUGUAAUCAUGCUCAUUUAAUUGCACCUCCAUCUGAAGUUGAUCAACAGUAUUUAACUAAAGAAGAUCGAUUAAGAUCGUUUUUAAAAGGUAGCGGUAAAGGUACCUUAUUAGAUAAAUUAUUACAACGUCUUAAAUCAAAGGGACAUCGAGUUCUUAUCUUUAGUCAAAUGGUUCGUAUGUUAGAUCUUAUAGCUGAUUAUUUAAGUUUACGUGGUUGGGGUUUCCAACGUCUUGAUGGAUCAAUAAGAGGUGAAGUACGUAAACAGGCAUUAGAUCAUUUUAAUUGUGAAGGUUCAACUGAUUUCUGUUUUUUACUGUCUACACGUGCGGGUGGUCUUGGUAUUAAUUUAGCUACAGCUGAUACUGUCAUCAUAUUUGAUUCUGACUGGAAUCCUCAAAAUGAUUUACAAGCUCAAGCACGUGCACAUCGUAUAGGUCAAACUAAACAAGUAUCAGUGUAUCGUUUUGUUACUCGUGAAUCUGUGGAAGAGAAGAUAAUUGAAAGUGCUACACGAAAAAUGGUUUUAGACCAUUUAGUUAUUCAAAGAAUGGAUUCAGCUGGUAUCCGUAGUGGUCGACGUGGUGAUACAGCUAAAGGUCAUUUACUUACUGAAAUUCUUCGUUACGGUGCAGAAGGAUUAUUUAAACAAGCAGACGAAGAUGCUACAGAGUUGGAAGUUGAUAUUGAUGAUAUUCUCAAUCGAGCAGAAACACGAGAUACAGAAGCUACAGUAGAGUCCAAUCCAGCUAACGCUUUACUCUCUUCAUUCAAAGUUGUAAACCUCGAUGCAUUGGAAGAAGAUACUGAUAUUAAAAACGGAAAUGAUUCAUUAAAUUCUUCAAUAAAUACAGGAUGUGAAAAAACAUGGGAUCAAAUUAUUCCCAGUGAGUUUCGGGGACAAGUGAAAGCAGAACAAGACAGAAAAACUCUGGUUGAACUUGAGUUGGGCCCACGACGUAGGCGUCCUGUCAAAACUUUUCAAGCAGGACUAAAUGUUAACCAAUCCUCUUCUGAAACAUCGGAGACUGAAGAAAAUGACAAAGUUCUCCCAACUCAACUUACAGAAAAAGAAAUUCGCGCUUUGGUUCGUGCGAUCAGACAUUUUGCGCGCCCUCUGGAACGUAUUGAUGCAAUAGCGGCUGACGCUGAGCUUCCCGAUCAUUCUGAGUCUGAACUUCGUGAGGUGGUAGAUGCUGUUCUAAAAGGUUGUCGAACAGCCAUGGAAGCGGCCUCCAUCAAUUCAAAUGAAGAGUCCCAGAAACAAGCGACUGGUGGUAAAGGACCUGUUUUUCAAUACGGUCGCGUUAGUGUGGCUGCAAGACCUUUAUUACAAAGUCUAGAAUAUCUAGAAACCCUUCACCUCUGUCUACCCUCCACCAACAAAGAAGCACGUAUGUCUUAUGAAUUGCCGUUUUCUCCUAAACUAGUCGCGUGGUCAUGCAAUUGGGACAAUACUGAUGAUGUUCGACUUUUAGCAGGAGUUUAUGAGCACGGAUAUGACAAUUGGGAAACAAUCAAACUAGAUGCUGACUUAGGUCUCGGCUCUAAACUACUUCCAGUUUCACAAACAGAACGUCCACAGGCCAAUCAUUUACGAUCGCGUGUGGAUUAUCUUUUAAAAAUGUUAGCUAAAUGCCAUUCAUCAGUCAGUAAAAAUACUGAACAGCAGGUGAUUACUAAAAAAAGAAGAAAAGAGGACAGAGAGUCAAACAAAUCAAAUCAAAAAGCUAAAACAAUCACUUCAAAAGCCAAUAUAAAACAUACUAAUAAGCAGAUAUCUAUCCCAAUAAAUUCGAUGCCUAAAUCAGCAGAAUUUGUAGAAACUGACGACUCAUCAUCAGAAUCAGACUAUAAUAAAAAUAAUGAUGACAAACAAGAAGAAAAUGACAUUGAUAAUGAUAACAUAUCAAAUCAGCUUUUAAAAAAUACUAAACAAUCUAGAAAAAGUACAAAUAAAUCAAAAAUUAAAUCUGAGAAAAGAGAUAAAUAUAUUUCAGAAUUAAAACCUCCUACACUUCAACCUUUAUUAUCUAAUCAUCAAGAGAAUUUAUCUAAUGUAUCAACAAUGAUAUUUACAAAAAAAGAAGAAGAUGAAUUUCGUAAUAUGCAAGGUCCAAUUUUUGUAAAAUGUAAAAAGAAAUUUGUACCGAUUAAGAAACAUUUCAAAGAGUUGGAAGAUCUUGAACGAACUGAUGAACAAAACCCAGUAGAACUGGCUAAUGUCGUUUUACAAAUUGGUGAUCAUAUUCAUUCCAUUAUAGAUGUAUAUCCCGAAAAAGAGAAACGUCAUGCAUGGAAAAAUUAUCUAUGGGAGUUUGUGCAUAUCUUUUCAAAGAAUUCCACUGAAGAACUUCGACAUAUCUACAGACAUGCUGUGAAACGUCGAUUAAAAGAACAAAGAAAAAAAAUAAACGAUGUCGAUUCUAAUUUUCCACCAAAACAUAAUAAUUCAUUACGCAACAGCAAUAAUAGUAUAGAUUAUUCUGAAGCGACAUCAAAUCGUCAUUCUUCAAAUCGCGACUACUAUAGUAAUAGUAAUAAUAAUGAUAACAGCACCGGUAAUGCUGCAUUAUUUCGACGAUAUCAUACAAAUAGAUUAUCGUCACAUGACCGAAAUGAUCGUCAUGAACAGCAUAGUGGUUACAGUCAUGGUGGACAGAAUAAAUAUUAUAAUAAUAGUAAUAGUGAUUGGUCCUCUUCUAUUACAAGUUCACAUAAAGAAUUCAAUCGAGAUAGGAACAACAAUAGUUCACGUUUCAAUAACGCUUUUAAUCGUCCACCGGGUCAGUCGAAUGUAAAGCAUCACAAAGAUAAUGGAGGUUUUACUUCACAGAUGUAUUCUUCACCUCGUGUUGUCUCUAGUCAUUAUCAGCAACAGCAUAAUUCCAGUAGUUAUUCUUCUGGUCAUUAUCCUUGGACUAAUUAUUCAUCAUCAGACGAUAUGAUAAAUAGUUCCUCCCCUAAAAUGGAAACAUACAAAUUUACCUCACAUUAUCCACCUGUGUUAUCAUCAUCAACAUCAUCUUCUUUGCCCGAAUCGAUUACCUCUACUACCACCACUACUAAAACGCCAUCAUAUUUCUCAUCCAUGGGACAGUGUCUUCCCCCACCACCUCCUCCUCCCCCUCCCCUUCUACAACAACAACAUGCAACUAAUCAACUAUCACGUGAUCCUCGACUUUCCUCAUCAAGAAGAUGAUGUUAACUGUGAAUGAAGAGCAGACAACUAAAAUUGAAUAGUGUACAGUCA